AUGAACAUUGCUGCACCAAAAGAUGGAUUCAAAUCCAUUGCGAUUGAGCCUUUGGAAGAUUACCUUGAGUUCAUGGGGCCAGCCCAGCCUGCAUCCCUCUCCUCAACAGGAUCUAACAUUCGAGUUCUUCGAGGCGAAGCACGCUUCAGUUUAACAAAGUCGGUUAAAAUUCGUAGUAUGACUGUAAAAUUCAAGGGCUUUAGCCGAGUCCAAUUUAUCACCUCAGGUAAUCCAGUUGAGAUCAGCAUGCCGUUACUUCCAAAGCUUAAACGGCCAUUAUUCGGAAAGACUACCUUACCAGCGGGUGACCAUGUCGUCUCUUGGGAUCUUGAGAUUCCCAAUAUAUACCCCCGAACAACAGACAUGAAACGCGCCUCGAUUGACUACAAGAUCGAGCUCUCAAUUUCUGUAAAUCUUCACAAAACCUUAACCGCCACAUAUCCUAUUGUAAUUCAACGACAUCUCUUGCCGAGCUGCGAACUUGCUCCCUUGGUGGAAACACGGGUGUAUAAAAGCACAGUUCCAGCCAAAUUUCACUACGAAAUCGAUGCUCCUCAGAUUGUCUGUAUUGAUCAGGGCAGUGUACCUAUAGCGAUCCAAUACCUAUGUUUUGCCAGCCAGAAGUUCGUGCGUAGCAUUCGGACCCAAUUGAUUCAAAUAGAAUAUUACAGAUGCCAGGCCAUUCCAAAGUCAGAAUGUGAUAUGCAAGCUCAUGGAACCAAGGAAACAGAUAACCAGAAGAUGAGCGACACUAUCAAGAACAACAAAAGUUACACUAAAUUUGUCAAACGCACGGUGCCAGCAUUAAUACACAACGUCAACGCCAUCAAAUCUUCUACCUGGAAGCGACCCCUUGUUAUCAGCCAUCCACUACAUCCUCAACUAGUCCAUGCGCUAGAAUCUCCUCUCGUAUCAAUCUACCACCAAUUAGAAGUAACCUUCUUGUUUGAACACAAGUACGAAACCGUGCGUGCAAAGAUUCCUCUAAUUGUAGCCUCGGUUCCCAAAAGCAGUCAUUCUAUACCAUUGCUAGUUGAAAAUGGUGUACCAUGGCCAAGGUACCACUUUGAAACUCAACCUCGGUACGAGUCUGUUGAGUUUGGGCCAGAAAUGAAGUCCAAACGAGGGGAGAUCGACAGUAUGACUUCUGGAAUUCAAGCCAGUGUAUUCCGGGAAGAUAAAGCGCUUUUUCUCAAACCUCCUCCUCGGCAAAAACCCACAUUUGUCGAACAAAGUUUUUCUGAAAUGGACUUACCGAGCUUAAACAAGCCUAUCGUUGUCGAAAGAACCCUCAAGAAAUUUGCAUCUGCAUUUGAUCUCAGUACUGCCUCGCGGGAUGAUGGAGAUGAAGAAAGCGGAGAGGAGGCACGCGAAAUAAUCGAACGUCCAAGAACAACCACACCCACAUCUGCCAUGCGCCGAGAGAAGCUGAAAAAAUCUCUUCCUCCACUUGAUAUCGAGCUUGCCAACACAGGGAAAUCACGAAUACAAAAAGGCGUAAAAAUGGAACAGCUCAAAAGUUCCGGAAGCUCUGACGUCCUUCCUGCUGCUGAUAUGAGAGAUUUACACAACCAAGUAAAGCAGCAUUAUAAUAGCCUUGGAAUCAGAGAAAAAUCACGACCUAAGCUUGAAGUAAUGGCAGCAUCCUCUGGACCUCCAUUGGCAAAACCAGAUCCUCCUUAUGGUAGUCUUGGUAGAAGCAAGUAUUAUAUCGCCAAUGAACUGUUUGAUGACGACGAAGAUGAGACAGAUAACCAUUCUGUGGUAUCUGAAGCUUCUUACACCAGUAAAAACGCCCCCAGUCUAAGCUCUUCUGCAACCGCAUCUUCCAAUCCUAGCCGUCUCACACUCCUGUCUAGACCGCCUUCACCUGUAUUUAGUCCUGCUCCAGGUCUUCCUGCAACGAUACCCCUCCAAUCCCACGAAGAAACCCAUUUCUCACUUGUUGAGGAAUCAUUUAUUAAUUCACCACCUGGUGCCAUGUCGCCUGCAAUGGCCACAGUAGCCUCUUCAACUGUUCUUUCCCCCCGGACUACAUAUGCGCUUCGAAGGCGCUUAGUACUUUCUUCCGUCUCGUCUUUAGUAAUAGAUGAAGCCUAUGCGAGUACAAGUGUUACCGAAGACAUGCGCACAUCUUCCAUACUUGAUCCUGAAGGAGACACAAUGUGCCGAAUUGGCAUUCAGCAGUUGGACGAUGCAUGUGCUGUCAAGAAUCAUUACCUCAAUGCCAAAUUACCGCCCCUUCCAACUGAUACUCCCAACCUUCCACAAAAUCCAAGGCGUGCUGCUCCCGAUAUGUCAAAACGGCUCACUAAGCUUUAUGUCGAUGAUAGCGAUGAGGAAGAUCCAGAGCCAUUACCAGCUAUACCAGAGAAUCUCCCGCCUAUUGACCACUUUAGUCGUCGCAGGGAAGAGAAAGCAAAAGAAGAGCCACCAAAACUGCCUCGGCUCUCCUUUGGUAUGGCUCUUGGUGUAUCCUUGGGACUUGACUUUAAGUAA